AUGGACCAGAUGUGGACAUUUGGAAAGGAGCCAGACUUGAGUUGUCAGGAACUCUGCCAGAGAGACUGCCUGCAGGAUGAAGCAACCCCAACAGAAAGCAUCAGUAUGGAAAGGCCUCCCAGGAAGCAGGCACUGGUUUCCUUCCCUCUGGGUGUCCUCAUGGGUGCUGAAGUUAGAGAGGAGAGUGGAGAAAGGAAUUAAAAGGCAAUAAGUUUGCUUAUCUUGGUGGGAUUUAUAGGAGAGUUCCAAGUUUUCUCAAGUGCCUCCUCUCCAGUCAGUUGCCAGUGGGGUUCCUACGGCCCUUGGUCAGAAUGCAGUGGUUGUACAAAAACCCAGACCCGCAGGCGGUCAAUUGCCAUUUAUGGGCAGUAUGGGGGCCAUCCUUGUGUCGGAAGUGCUUUUGAAACACAAUCGUGUGAACCUACGCGAGGAUGUCCAACAGAAGAGGGAUGUGGAGAGCGUUUCAGGUGUUUCUCAGGUCAGUGCAUCAGUAAAUCUUUGGUUUGCAAUGGGGAUUCUGACUGUGAAGAAGAUGGAACUGAUGAAGACAGAUGCGAGGACUCAGACAGCAGACCUUCCUGUGACCUCGAUAAACCUCCUCCCAACAUAGAACUUACCGGAAAUGGUUACAAUGCACUCACUGGCCAGUUUAGGAACAGAGUCAUCAACACUAAAAGUUUUGGUGGUCAAUGCAGAAAGGUGUUUAGUGGGGAUGGAAAAGAUUUCUACAGAUUGAGUGGAAAUGUCCUCUCCUAUACAUUCCAGGUGAAAAUAGAUAAUGAUUUUAAUUAUGAAUUUUAUAACAGUAGCUGGUCUUAUGUAAAAGAUACCUCGACAGAACAUACAUCAUCUAGUCGGAAGCGCUCCUUUUUUAGAUCUUCAUCAUCUUCUUCGCACAGUUAUACUUCAAAUACCGAUGAAAUCCAUAAGGAAAAGAGUUAUCAAUUAUUGGUUAUUCAGAACACUGUUGAAGUGGCUCAGUUUAUCAAUAACAAUCCGGAAUUUUUACAACUCGCUGAGCCAUUCUGGAAGGAGCUCUCCUAUCUUCCUUCUCUGUAUGACUACAGCGCCUACCGAAGAUUAAUCGACCAGUAUGGGACACAUUAUCUGCAGUCUGGGUCCUUAGGAGGAGAAUACAAAAUUCUAUUUUAUGUGGACUCAGAAAAAAUGAAACAAAGUGGUCUUAGUUCAGCAGAUGAGAUGAAAUGUGCUGCCUCCACUACCAAUCCCUUUUUCACAUCAUCAAAGCUCAAAUGCCAGGGGCUGAAAGAGGCCUUAAAAUCAGCUGCAGGAACUCAGGGCAAUGUGUUGCGAGGAAACCCAUUCGUCAGAGGGGGAGGUUCAGGCUUCGUGUCUGGCCUUAGUUUCCUGGAACUGGACAAUCCUGCUGGAAACAAAAAGCGAUAUUCUUCCUGGGCAGGUUCUGUGACUAAUCUUCCUCAAGUCAUAAAACAAAAGCUGACACCUUUGUAUGAGCUGGUAAAGGAAGUCCCCUGUGCCUCCGUGAAGAGGCUAUACCUGAAACGGGCUCUUGAGGAAUAUCUGGAUGAAUUUGACCCCUGCCAUUGCCAGCCUUGUCAAAAUGGUGGCAUCGCCACUGUUGAGGGGACCCGGUGUCAGUGCCAUUGCAAACCAUACACAUUUGGUGCGGCGUGUGAGAAAGGAGUCCUCGUAGGGGAUCAAGCAGGAGGGGUUGAUGGAGAUUGGAGUUGCUGGUCCUCUUGGGGCCCCUGUGUUCAAGGGAAGAAAACAAGGAGCCGAGAAUGCAAUAAUCCACUUCCCAGUGGGGGUGGGAAGUCUUGUAUUGGAGAACCAUCAGAAAGCAGGCAAUGCGAAGAUGAAGAGCUGAAGCACUUUCGAUUGCUUGAACCACAUUGUUUUCAUUUGUCUUUGGUUCCAACAGAAUUCUGUCCACCACCUCCUGCCUUGAAAGAUGGAUUUGUUCAAGAUGAAGGUGCCAGGUUUCCUGUUGGGAAAAACAUAGUGUAUACUUGCAAUGAAGGCUACUCUCUUAUUGGAGACCCCGUUGCCAGAUGUGGAGAAGAUUUACAGUGGCUCGUUGGAGAAAUGCAUUGUCAGAAAAUUGCCUGUGUUCUACCUACACUGCCCGAUGUCGUACAGAGUCAUCCCCACAAACCUUUCUACACAGUUGGUGAGAAGGUGACCUUUUCCUGUUCAGGUGGCACGUCCUUAGAAGGUCCUUCCUCAUUUCUCUGUGGAUCCAGCCUUAAGUGGAGCCCUGAGAUAAAGAAUGUCCAGUGUGUGCGAAAAGAUGCCCCUUUGACACCGGCAAUGCCUGAAUGUCAGCGCUGGGAGAAACUGCAGAAUUCAAGAUGUGUUUGUAAAAUGCCCUAUGAAUGUGGAUCCUCCUUGGAUGUAUGUGCUCGAGAUGAGAGAAGCAAAAGGAUACUGCCUCUGACAGUUUGCAAGAUGCACGUUCUCCGCUGUCAGGGCAGAAGUUUUACUCUUACAGGUAGAGAGAGCUGUACCCUGCCUGCCUCAGCUGAAAAAGCUUGUGGUGUGUGUCCACUAUGGGGAAAAUGUGAUGCCCAGAGCAGCAAAUGUGUCUGCAGAGAAGCAUCGGAGUGCGAGGAAGAAGGAUUUAGCGUCUGUGUGGAAGUGAAUGGCGAGGAGCUGACGAUGACGGAGUGUGAGGCUGGCGCCCUUAGAUGCCGAGGGCAGAGCAUCUCCGUCACCAGCAUAAGGCCCUGCGCAGUGGGAACCCAGUAGGCUCCUGGGUGACCCUUAGCUUGCUUGAAA